AUGGUUCGAUUCACUUCUACCUACACGGCAGCCAUCUUGGCUCUGGCGUCCUUUGCUGCGGCUCGUCCUGCAGAGUGUCAUGCUAAGGGCGCAGGCGCUCACAACAAGUCACCUUCUCCUGCAGCCUCCUCGCCUGUUGCUACUGUUGCGUCCGUUCCUGACACGGAUGCUACCCCCAUUCCUGACUACACUCCCGCUCCUGACAACACCCCCGCUCCGGACAACACUCCUGCUCCGGACAACACUCCUGCUCCGGACAACACUCCUACCGCUGUUAUCAUCCCGUCUCCUACUAGCACUCUCGCUAUCGUCCCGUCUCCUACUGCCACAUCGGCUUAUUCACAGGUUUUCAAAGGAGACCUCACUUGGUAUGGAGAGAGCUGCGGAGAAGAAUCAUGCUGGCAAGGCGGAGCCUGCGCCUUCGUCGACUAUGUCCUCCCCGCCACAAUUGAUGGCUCAACCUGCGUCUCCGAAGUGAUCUGGAACAGCUCCUACCACUGCGGUGCCUGCGUCGAGAUCGACUACCAGGGCACCAAGAAGAUCGCUAUGAUCACCAAUAAGACUGGAGGUGAUUCCGUCCACCUGGAUCUCUCACCUGACAUGUUCUCCAAGCUCGACAACAAGAACAAGGGCAUGAUCCACUCGGACUGGAAGUACGUCGAGUGCCCCAUCGCCGAUCCCCUCCAGAUCCGCAUGCACGGUGGUUCAUCCAAGUACUGGUUCGCCGCUACCGUCAUGAACGCCAAGCUCCACACUGCGUCGCUCGAGGUCUCUGGCGAUAACGGAAACACCUGGAAGCCCACUACUCGUAACAUCAACAACUUCUUCACCCUCGUUGGAAACGGCGGUACUGGCACUGACACUGCCUGGGUCAGGCUCACUUCUGACCUCGGCUCUCAGGUCAUUGUCAAGGAUGUCCAGUUGGUUUCUGGAAAGACUACCAAGGCCACUACCAACUACCAGUAG